AUGGAGCGCCAGGACGAGAAGGCGAUCGAUGCCAUCCAGCCCAGCACCGAGCCCAAGAAGACCAAUCAUGGCGCCACCAAGGAGCUUCCCGGCAGCGAGGGUUCCUCAUUGGACCUGGAGAAGCAGCUCGAGGCCCAGGAGAACCUAAAGAGGAACCUGAAGAGCCGUCACUUGCAGAUGAUUGCCAUUGGUGGCACCAUCGGCACCGGUCUUUUCAUUGGUAGCGGAGAGGCCAUCGCGAACGCCGGUCCGGCCGGAGCUCUCAUCGCGUAUGCAUUCGUCGGUUCUAUCGUCUAUUCCGUCAUGAUUUGUCUGGCCGAGAUGGCUACGUACAUCCCGGUUUCGGGUGCCUUCUGCCAGUAUGCCGCGCGGUUCGUGGAUCCCAGUCUUGGUUUUGCCAUGGGCUGGAUUUACUGGUUCUCGUGGGCCAUCACGUACGGUCUUGAACUUACCGCAGCUGGUCUCAUCAUCCAGUACUGGGAUGACAGCAUCUCCGUGGCCGUCUUCAUUGCCAUUUUCUGGGUCGUCAUCACUGCCAUCAACUUCCUGCCCGUCAAGUUCUACGGAGAACUUGAGUUCUGGUUUGCGGGAAUCAAGGUGCUAACCGUCAUUGGCUUCGUUAUUUUUGCCAUCUGUGUUGAUGCUGGCGUUGGCAAGAAUGGCUACAUGGGAUUCCACACCUGGAGCAGCCCCGGUGCGUUCGCUCCCUACCUGCUGGAGUCCAAGGGCGCAACGGCCAAGUUCGUCGGUUUCUGGGCCGUUCUUAUCCAGGCUGGCUUCACCUACCAGGGUACCGAGCUGGUGGGCAUCGGCGCCGGAGAGACGGCGAACCCGCGCAAGACCGUGCCCGAAGCCAUUCGCAACACCUUCUGGAUGAUCUUGCUGUUCUUCCUCGCCAUCAUCUUCUUCGUCGGUCUCCUCGUGCCCUACGACAACCAGCAGCUGGCGCUUGGGGGCGAUGAUGCUUCUUCUUCACCCCUGGUCAUUGCUGCCCAGCUUGCCGGCAUCCCCGUGAUUCCGGGCCUCAUCAACGGCGUCCUGCUUACCGUCGUCCUGUCAGCCGCCAACGCAAACGUGUACUCGGGUUCCCGCAUGAUCAUCGGUCUCGCGGACGCGGGCUGUGCGCCCAAGUUCUUCGCCAAGACGACCAAGCACGGUGUUCCGUACUGGAGCGUCGCCUUCACCGCAGCCUUUGGCCUCCUCGCCUUCAUGAACGUAUCCAGCAGCGGCGGCGAGGUGUUUGACUGGUUCAUGAACAUCUCGGGCGUGGCGGGUUUCAUCUCGUGGGGCUGCAUCAACGGCUGCCAGAUCGCCUUCAUGCGCAUCCUCCGGCUCCGCGGCAUCGGGCGCGAGUCGCUGCCGUACACGGGCUGGGCCCAGCCCUGGCUCGCGUACUACGGCCUCUUCUUCAACAUCCUCAUCAUCCUCACGCAGGGCUUCACGGCCUUCAUCCCGUGGGACGUCAGCAGCUUCUUCGUCGCGUACCUCAGCUUGAUCAUCUUCGCGGUGCUGUACUUCGGCCACAAGAUCGUGUUCAAGACCAAGUUCGUCAACCCGCUCGAGGCCGACAUCGACACGGGCCGGCUGCCGGCCGAGACGGAGGUGUGGGAGGAGAGCAACGACAACUUCUUCGCUAAGCUCAAGUGCAAGAUUAGGGGUUAG